GGCUGGGGCUCUGGCACCUGCAAGACUCUGGGCACAAAGUGACGAGGAGGCGCCCGCACCACCUGCCGGAGACCCUCGCCAACUGACCGACCGGCUCCAGUCUACGCCCCGAGGUGCCCGCGGAAGCAUUGCGGGCCUGGGGCCGCCCCCCACACCUGCCCGGCUCGCCGCCCCCUCCGGCCCCGCCCGCAUGGCCCGGCUCCUGACGGUCACCCUCGGUUGCAUCAGCCUCCUCUACCUACAGCUCCCAGGCGCGCUGUCCCUCGGCCUGGCCCGGAGCCGACCGCCCACGCGACACAGGGAGCCCCCAGCCCGGACACCUGCCAGUGGCUCGCAGCCUCGGCACCCUGCAGCCCUUCCCGCGGUCUGGAAGCUGCACCAGGCCCUCCAGCCCAAGAAGAGUGCCAGCCUGGCCCCUGCCAGGGGUCAGCCUCUCCGCAAUGGCCCCCGCCGACACUUGGGUCCCCGCAGGCCUAGAGCCCAGCUCCUGCGUGUGGGCUGUGCGCUGGGUACCUGCCAGGUGCAGAACCUCAGCCACCGCCUGUGGCAGCUCGUCGGGUCGGCCGGCCCCCGGGACUCGGUCCCCGUGGACCCCAGCAGUCCCCACAGCUAUGGCUGAGCUGGGGGGCAGGGCUGUCCCAGCUGGGAUGCUGCACCACAUCCCCAGGGCUGCAGCUGAGCCCCCAGCCCAGUGCGCCUGCAGAGAGAAGCCCUUCGAAGGGCAGUGCAGGCACCAGCGAACACCCCUGCCCCACUCUCCCCCGUCACGUUCUGCAGCAGCCAGCCUCCAAUCACUGUGGACUUAGAGGCCCACGUGGGGGCCCAGCAGGGUCUGAUCACCCAGGGGCUCUGCACUGAGAGAGGGUAACACUUGGGGGUCGGGGCUGAGAGGAGGCGGCUGGCAACAUUAGAUGCCAGAACAGGGCACAGAGGAGAGGGUCUGCCCGAGGACAUGGGGCAGGCGUCGGGGACCUGAGCACACCAGGCCUCCUCUGGGCUGCGGGAGAGAGGGACUCUGGGUUGGCCACUCGUCCUGACAUGGUAGGGUUAGGGCUGGGCUGUUCUGCUCCAGGUGGGUCCAGGGUAGCAACAGAGACCUCUGCCUACACUCCCUGAGGGCAGCUGGGGAGAGGGUGGAGGGGUCCUGGAGCUAGGCAGAGCAGGGUGGGAGUGGGGUGGGGGUGGCAGUUCUCCCAGAAUUGCCUGGAAGAACCUUAGCUCCAGGUGCGUAGGGGUGGCCGACCAAGGGCCAGGGCUCCACAGCCCACAGGGGCUCCCUGAGCGCCCCCUGCUCAGCGCGGGGACCCAGUGGGACCAGGCCCCAGCUAUCAGUGGACAAGUCAGCCAGAGGCGGAGUCUGGAGUGGGCAGGUUGGCGGCUGGGGGAGGAGUUACAUGCUGGGAGCUAGGGCCUUCUGUCCCGGCGCCUGGGUCUAGGGGCUCAGAAGGGCGAUCUCCCUGAUUCAGCAGGCCUUUCGUGCAGCACUUAAUUUGUCGACGUUUUGCCGCGUCAGCCUUUCAGCCACCAAGUGAAGGGAGCACCACCAACUUCCAGCCAGGGAGCAGGGCCGGGCCUGUGGGCACAGCAGUGCCCACCCACAGAUCUUGAGCUGGACGCCCCACGGGUGGGCGCUCCCCAUCCUCGUGCUGACUCCUCUGGCUCGUGGCUCCUCUCCCCUCCGCCAGGCCACGGGAGGUCAGCCCGGGCUGGUCCCUGCCCGGCUCAGGGGGUGGACGGAGGGCAGCCACCGCAGCUUGGAUGCCGUGCGGAGGCCGGAAUAGGCGCUUGCCGGGGCUGGAGAGGCCUGUGGUCACUGAGGGGUGUCGGAAGAGCGGGCAGGGAGGGUGGGCCGUGAGGGCCAGACGGGCUCCGGGAUGAGGAAGAGGAGGCCCCAGGAAGGCUGGGUCGGGGAGUUAGGAGCUCAGCUGGGCAAAGCCCCCCGAGGCCCCGGCCCUGGGCAAAGUCCCCGCGGUGCAGUGCCCGGUGCUCGCCGGGAGGGGGCACGGCCCCACACGGCGCCUCCAUGAGGCAACACCGCCUGCCAGGCGGCCCCCAGGGCUGUGGUGCCCGGCGUCCCCCCAGGUGCUCCCUGAGCCUCGGGCCCCCAGGGCUGUGGUGCCCGGCGCCCCCCCAGGUGCUCCCUGAGCCUCGGGCCCCCAGGGCUAUGGUGCCCGGCGCCCCCCCAGGUGCUCCCUGAGCCAGGCGGCCCCCAGGGCCGUGGUGCCCAGCAUCCCCCACCAGGUGCUCCCUGAGCCAGGCAGCCCCCGCCAGGUGCUCCCUGAGCCAGGCAGCCCCCCAGGUGCUCCCUGAGCCAGGCGGCCCCCCAGGUGCUCCCUGAGCCUUGGGCCGUUUUCCUUGGGUCGCCUGUCACGGUCACAGCAUCACACUGGUGUCCAUAUGGCCUCCAAGCUCCAGGCCAUGUCCCGGCCACCUGUCCGAUCGCCUGCUUCGAGACCUGGGGGACGCCCGCCGGGACCCCACCCACCCCCUCCCGCUGCUCCCGCUCCGGCCAGAGCCUCUCGGUCCUGUCCUGUCUCCCGCCCUCAACCAGCCCCACCAGCCGGCCCUUUGUUCCUUCCCUCAGUCCAAGCGACCAACCUGCUUUGGGGUGAUGGGUCCAGUCUCCCCCCUGGCGUCCCCUCUCCAUCCCUGAAGCAAAUAUUUGCAGAGCACUUGUAGAAACAGUGAAUAAAACAUCAGCCCCCACCCAGAGACUGACACGUCCGUGGAGGAGCGGAGGACUGACCUCAGGAGCACAGAGAACAAGGGAUGCCUGGCCGCAGAGUGCUGGAGGCGCCGCGGCUCACAGGGCUGAGAGCACUCCGCCGUUUUAAACGGGGUGCCAAGCACCCCCAGCUGACUCUCAGGAGGGCAGGAGGAGCCGCGUGGAGAACCCCUGGCCCACUGCCCUCUCCUGGCCCAGACUGCACCCUGGCCUCAGCCCUCUCUGAUGACACCGUCAUCAGCUCCAGGCUGUGAGGCCCUGCUGUGUGUCCUGCCGAGCCUGGCCCUUGAGUGACCCGGGCCGUGAGUUCAUUUCUGCCCUGACUGGAGAUGCAGCCUCAGCCUCAGAGCCUGGCAAAGAUCCUCUGAGCCUCUCUGAGCCAUGAGCCUCACCCAGUGUUAGCAAGAAUCCCACCCUGGAGAGAAUCCUGUCAAGUCGGUUUAGCAAGGCUGCCCCUUCCCUUGACCCCUGCCCAGUCCCCCACCCCCACCCCAGGGCUGCGAAACCCCAGCUGACCUUGCUGUAUUCCAGCAGACCAUGUGAACAUCUCUCCCAUCUCACAAUCAUGAAUGAAGUCUUCAUCCCUUCUGAACGAGUGUCAAAGGGCACUUCUCUGGAGCUCUCAUGGUUAAGGACCCUGGCGGAGAACCAAGACCCCACGCGCCAUCGAGCACCUAGCCGGGACACUGCAACUGCUGAGCCCUGCAGCCAAGACCCCGCUUGGCCAAAUAAAUAAAUAUUCUGUCAAAAA